AUGUUUGGUCUAUGCGAAACGGUAGAAAAUGGCUCAGUUCCACUGGACGAAUUCCAUACUCCCAAGCAACUUAUGGUACAUACAGGGACAUCGAUAAAGUGCACAUCAGCGGGUAGACUCGCAUCGGCUGUCUCCGAGGAUCUAGCAUCGUUAGAAACAGCCGCGUUCACCCAGAAGUCAUCCACAGCAGAAUCAAGAGUGCUUGUGCUGUACACAGGUGGAACGAUCGGUAUGAAGUGUGUGGAUGACGUUUACUGUCCGGAACCGUACUAUUUGCCGAAAGCAAUCAGAGAGCUGCCACCUCUGAACGAUAAGGAAUAUAUCGCGAGAAAUUACGGUGAUGCGCGUAUCAAACCGUAUUGUUUACCACCAGUGAAGAAUGUGAAAAAACGAAUUGUUUAUUGGAUGGUGGAAUAUGAGCCGUUACUGGACUCAUCGGAUAUGACUUUUGAUGAUUGGAUAAGAAUUGGUGGAGAUAUUCGUAAGGCUUACGAUCAAUAUAAUGGAUUUGUGGUUUUGCAUGGUACCGAUACGCUUGCCUAUACCGCAUGUGCAUUAUCAUUUAUGCUUGAGAAUCUUGGUAAACCUGUGAUCAUCACUGGUGCGCAGAUUCCGGUCUGUGAAGUUCGUUCGGAUGGUCGUGAGAACUUGGUUGGUGCACUGAUUAUGGCUGCGAAUUAUGAUAUACCCGAGGUGACAGUAUACUUCAACAACAAACUGCUGCGCGGUAAUCGAUCAACAAAACUCGACAAUAGUGCACUAGAGGCAUUCGACAGUCCCAAUAUGGCACCACUUGCUGAGAUGAAAAUCAAUGUCAAAGUGAAUCAUGAAUCGAUUUUCCGCAGUUCCACAAUAGGAGCGUUCACAGUACACGAACGGUUGUGUCGUAAUGUUGGCCUUCUACGGAUAUUCCCUUCCAUGUCCAUUGAUUCGGUUCGAGCCUUUCUUUGUGCUCCCACUCAAGGCGUUGUGCUGCAAACGUUCGGUGCAGGAAAUAUGCCGUCGAAGCGAACGGAUAUUAUCGAAGAAAUCAAACGAGCCGUAGACAGGGGUUGCAUCGUUGUCAAUUGUUCACAGUGUGUUCGCGGUCAAGUAGACGUGCACUAUUUGACUGGCAAGAUUCUCUAUGAUGUUGGCGUGAUUCCUGGUUCGGAUAUGACCACUGAGGCAGCACUAUUAAAGCUGGCAUAUGUACUAAGUAAGGAUGAGUGGGAUUUGCCAAUGAAACGGAAGAUGAUGCUAAGGAAUCUUCGUGGUGAACUGACGAUUGCUCAAUCAGAAACUCUACAUGAGCUCGAAAUCAUACCUCGUUUGGCGAAAUUUCUGCGAAUCGGUUCCUCAAAAGAAGUGCAGUUACUACGUGACGCACUUUAUCCACCACUCUUAUGCCACGCAGCCAGCGCAGGGGAUAUCGAAUUGUUGGAACAUCUUCGUGAAAGCGGUGCCAUUCUGUCCACACCCGAUUAUAACGGUCGUACAGCGUUGCAUGUUGCCGCAAGUAAGGGUCACGGUGACGUGGUACGAUACUUACUCAGCAAAGGUGUCAGCGUACAUUUGAAGGAUAACUAUGACGAAAAUGCACUGAUGAGUGCGAUACGCUCGAAGAAUUUAGCAUGCAUCGAAGCAUUGCGCGAUGACGGCGCUUGUCCAGUGGGUGAUCCCAUUGAUAUAGGUGUGGAACUGUGCCUACUGGCGAGCAGAGGUGACAGAGACGGCCUGCAAGCGUGGAUCGCGGCUGGAAUCGAUAUUGACGAGAAGGACUACGAUGGUCGAACGGCGUUACAUAUUGCUGUUUCGAGCGGGAAUGAAGAAUUGGUUGCAUUUUUGCUGGCGAAUGGUGCGAAUCCAAAAAAUGUUGAUAAUGCGAAGUGUACACCGAUUGACGAAGCUGAUCGGCGUGGCCUGCACUCAGUUGCAGAAAUGUUGACGAGUAAAUAUGACCGUUGUAUACCAAAAUUAGUGAUGGAAGAAGACUUCUUGAGUAAAGAAUUUCCUCGACUGAUAGCCAUGGUUACAAUGACAGAGAGUGCACCUCAACUGAUAAAACGUGUCGCCACAUUAACGCGAGAUAGCAGCGAUGAGCUGGAACCAAUUGAUAAAUCUCAUACUCCAAAGCAGCUACUUGUUCCAACGGGAUCGAAGGCCAGAGUUACAUCAGCAACCCAUUUGGCUUCGGUGGUAUCGGAAGACUUAGCCGUGUCGGCUGUCGACAAUUUGCACGUAUCUGAAUCGCGAGUUCUGGUUCUCUAUACUGGUGGAACGAUUGGGAUGAAAAAGAAUGGGAAAGCGGUUCCUGUUCGAAGGCCGACUCUAAUUGAGAAUUCAUUCGACAUAAUAUUCCCACUUUACCGGCUCAAAUACAGUCCAAAGUGCGCAAUUUAUGAUUGCUAUUCUUUCGGAAUUUCAGUGUAUCAUCCAGAACCGUUAUAUCUUCCGCAAGUGAUUCGUAAAAUACCGCAUUUGAAUGAUCAAGAAUAUGUGGAGAGGAAUCAUUCGGAUGCUUACGUGAAACCCUACUGCUUACCGCCAUUAAAGUUCACCGAUAAACGAAUUGUCUAUUGGAUGUCAGAAUAUGACCCAUUGCUGGAUUCAAGCGACGUAACACUUGAUGACUGGAUCAGAAUUGGCAUUGAUAUCAGAAAAUCGUAUGAUCAAUACGAUGGAUUUGUCAUAUUACAUGGCACCGACACACUCGCAUACACAGCAAGUGCCCUUUCGUUCAUGCUCGAACAUCUCGGUAAACCCGUCGUUAUUACUGGUGCUCAGAUACCGAUCUGUGAGGUACGAUCAGAUGGACGUGAUAAUCUUAUUGGUGCGUUGGUAGUGGCUGGUUGUUUUGACAUUCCUGAAGUGACCAUUCACUUCAACCACAAACUGCUGAGGGGCAAUCGUUCCACGAAAUUGGAUAACACUCAUAUGGAGGCAUUCGAUAGUCCAAACAUGUCACCGAUCGCUAAUCUUGGAAUCACUAUUAAUGUGAAUUUUGAGUCAGUUUUCCGAACAUCCUCACUGAGCUCUUUCAAAGUACAAGAGAAACUGUGUCGUGAUGUCAGCCUUCUUCACAUAUUUCCGUCAAUAUCGAUCAGUUCGGUUCGUGCAGCUUUGCAACCACCAACUCAAGGUAUCGUACUACAGAGUUAUGGUUGUGGAAAUAUGCCGUCAAAACGAUGCGAUAUUAUCGCUGAAAUUCAAGCGGCAAUUCAGCGAGGAUGCAUUGUCGUGAAUUGUUCACAGUGUCUUCGUGGUAUGGUGGAUGAGCAAUACGAGAAUGGAAAAAUUUUGUAUGAUAUUGGUGUCAUUUCCGGAGCUGAUAUGACCAUCGAAGCUGCAAUGACAAAAUUGAUGUAUGUGAUUGCGAAGGACGAAUGGGAUCUGCCAACGAAAAGGCGAAUGAUGCAACACAAUCUCCGCGGUGAAAUGACUGUGGCUCGUUCGGAGACUCUGCAAGAUCUCGAAAUUAUACCACGCUUAGCCACAUUCCUUCGGGUCAGUUCUUCGGAAGAGAUUCAACUGUUGCGGAAUGCACUCUUCCCUCCACUUCUGUGUCAUGCGGCCAGGAAUGGUGAUUUGGAGCUGCUUGAGAACUUGCGUGACAGUGGAGCGAUUCUAUCGGCUGUAGAUUACAACGGAAGGUCACCGCUACACGUUGCAGCCUCGUCGGGUCACACCGAUGUCGUUUUAUAUCUGCUAAAACACGGCGCGAAUGUUCAUGCCAGGUGCAUUUUGUUGACGAAACGAGAUUCAGUGAUAUGCCAAGUAGGCGCGGAAAUGUUCCGAAUUAGCAAUUUCAUGGAUGGCUUCAGGUUCACAAAUUUCAAUUAUAGAGACCAAUGGGGUGACAAUCCGUUGAUGAAUGCUAUUCGACGAAGGAAUCUCGCCUGUAUUAAGGCGUUGAAAGAAGCCGAUGCAGUAAUCAUAUGUAAUCCACUUGAGCUAGGUUUGCUUAUCCAAAUCGCAUACAUUAUUGCAGCUGUUGCGUCUGGAAGCUGCGAAAUGGUCGAGUUUCUGUUAAGGAACGGUGCAGAUCCUCGUAAGGAGGAUAAUUUUGGUCGUGAUCCGAUGAAGGAAGCCGAGCAUGCCGAACCGAAAUCACCCGAAAUAAUCAGUGUUUUGGAAGAGUAUCUCAAUAAGAGCAAAGCAACGUUCUCAAUUUAA